GCGAUGGCGAUGGUGGCGGCGAGGUCUGCGGUGUCGAGGACCCCGGCGAGGUCGGCGGCGGCGAGGUUCGUGCAGAGCAGGUUCCGGUCCGGCGGCAAGGUGCUGGGCGAGGAGGAGAAGGCCGCCGAGAACGUCUACAUCAAGAAAAUGGAACAAGAGAAGCUGCAGAAGCUCGCACGUAAGGGCCCCAGCACAGGAGAGCAAGCUCCGGCUACCCCAAGCUCCACAGCGAGCGACGUGAAGGCUGGAGGCGGCACUGGCCCGACGGCAUCCACAUCCGCUGGCGUGUCAACCAACAAGAACAGGAACUACGCCAUCCUGGCGGGAACCCUUGCUGGCCUGAGCGCCCUGGGCUGGUUCCUCCUGGCGAAGGAGCCCAAGAAGACGGGGGAAGUCCUCGAGUGAAUGGAGUCUUGGUUACUUUACUGCACAUUGACCUUGCGCCUUGGUUGCGAUGAUGAUGAUGACGAGUUUUGAUGUUGCCGAACUGAUAUCUGUAGCUAGCUUUGACUAGAAACCUGGUCUGGGAUGAGAUGAUCCGUAGUGGUUCUUGGUUUGCUCUGGGUAGUUGAAACAUGUGUAGUAAUUCGUAUGAUGAUGCUGCACUUUUGGGUUAAAGAGGUGUUUUGGAUGCGGCCCUUUUGAAUGCAUGGAUGGCUUGCGUGAGGUGAAA